AUGACGGAGGAUCGCAAAUAUGAGACUGGGUUGACCACAGCAUCCGAAGAGUCACUGCCACCGCCGGCAUACUCAAGAACCUGGGGGAACGACAGUGUGAAGAGUGAAGGCAAGAGAGGGAGUUGGAGGUCGAGCUGGACAUGGAAGCCUAAAUGGACCUGGAGCUUGCAACAUGGCUCGAGUUCGAUCUACCGGACCGCACAGAAGAAGGUGAAGCCUAUGCUCCUAAAUCUACGCGAUAUACGAGUUUCGAAGAAACAAUGUAUCGCCCUCUUCCUAGUCAUUAGCUGCAGUGUCGUGCCCUUCAUACUUCUCGGCUACUACACGCCACCGAAUGACUCUGAUCCUGGCAUCAUGCCUUUUAUGGGCAUCUUCCAAGGCAAAGUCAUUGGUUGUGGGGAUACCCUCCACGGCACACCUCAGAAUGCAAAGGUCUCGGGUAUCGAAAAUCUUUUCGUGCUUGACAAAACGUUCGGAAGUUUGACAUUCUCCCAAGUCAAGAUGAUUGAUGUUGUGUGGGAUGUACUUCUUGGAAGAGGCGUUCAAAUACUAGCAUGGUGGGUUGGAUACGUUGUUUUCUCGGAUGCUCUCCUUCGUGCAAUCGAGCGUCAUCCGGCAUCUUUCCGAAUCUUUCAGCGCAUCGCGCUCGAAGGACCGAGUUGGCUUUCUGUCUGGACGUUGAUGCAAGAAGUAUGGGUAGCAAAGAGCAGGCGCACAAAGGCGUUGUUCUUAUACAUGUUCUUGUCAACGUGCUACAUCCUUUCCGUGCCAUUGCUUCUUUCUGCCAUGACCGGAUACGAUAGCACAACGAUCGCCUGGGUGAGUCUGGGCGAUGAUAACAACAUUGUUCCUGCAUCAAGACUGGAUCAAUCUUGGAUCAUCUGGGGCACCAGGAACGAGACAUGGGAGCGAAAUGUUUGCAAGCCGACGAGCCUAAUGUGGGACCUGCAAUCUUUCUCAUCCGACCAUUUGCGGUACUGCAGCUGUCAACUUCGGAACGGAUCGCUAGUCGCACCAAUCCCCCCGAACAGAUAUUAUUAUUAUCCUUAUCCGAUGAUUCCUGACUGUAACUAUAACUACCCGGGCAACAUGGAGACUUACAAAUCACAUGAUUCUAGUUUGGGAAAAGACAUUACCAAAAACUGCAACGCCACAUUUGACGUCACAAUAAAUGACAAAACCUACGACGGUACAAAUCUGAACGCUACUCAGGGCUACUGUUACAACUCCGUUGGCUACGAUUCCAUGGCUUUGUACGAUAAAUCACGCUGUUUGCCCGACACAGCAAACCCUUCCUACCAAUGGGGUUUCUCCACCAUGAUGUCUGCCUUUUUCAUCUUCCUUCAGAUGGCUUGGUGUUUGACCAUGUACGCUGUGUGGCAGGAUGCACAGUUCAAUUCCACAUUGGUCAAGAGCGGGUACCAGAUGACCAUACUGCGGGCUACAUUCGCCAUGGCGAAGGCGGCAAAGCGGAAAACGGGGCUAGGAGAGAGACAGCUAGUCCGGGCAAACACAAAAGAGAUAGAGCAAGAACUGUAUGGAGGCAAACAGCACAAAGGGACGACAGUCGACUAUGGGCUUUUUAUUGAUGACAUUGAACACGGCCGGGAUGAUAGCGAGGUGGUACGACGUGUCGUGCGACCUAAAGAUGAGCCCGAUUAA